AGUUGAGAAAGGUCACAGAUUACCUCUUCUUCGUGUUCCUUGCUGUAUAUACGUUCAUUCUGUUUGCAAGAUAUAACAGGCCAUUUUUUAAAUUGUGAUUGUGGUUCAAGCUAUGAUUUACUUAAGAAAACAAUAUCCGUUUUUGACAUACCUGUUACGUAUACUUGUGAUGAUAAAUAUGUCUCAUGCCUAAUCGUGAGUUCAAAUAAGAGCUGUCAAAAAAUUUCAAUUCAAAAACGCGAUUAGCUUUAGCCAAUUGGUUGAAGAAAAUAUUGUAAAGUUUUAAAAUGAAACGUGGAGCGCUGAUAAUUAUUGAGGGUGUUGACAGGACUGGGAAAUCGACACAGGCCAGGAUGCUUGUUGAAAAUCUUAAGAAGAAAAAUAUCCAAGCUGAAUACACAAACUUUCCAGCCAGAGACACAGAAGUUGGGAAAAUCAUAAAUAAUUAUUUACAACUGAAGAAUGAAUUGUCGGAUGAAGUGGUACAUUUGCUGUUCUCCGCUAACAGGUGGGAGAGGGCUAAAAGUAUAAUAAAGACUCUAGAAGCUGGUAUAACAGUCAUUGUAGAUAGGUAUUGUUAUUCCGGAGUUGCAUUUUCAGCUGCUAAAGGGUUAGAUUUAAACUGGUGUAAGUCUCCAGAUAUUGGUCUGCCCAAACCAGAUAAGGUGUUCUUCCUCACAAUGCCAGUUGACUCUAUCAAACAAAGGAAUGGAUUUGGAAAUGAGAGGUAUGAAGUACUGAGUUUCCAGCAGAAAGUAUCAGAAAUAUAUUCCAAGUUGAAAGAGGAUAACUGGGAAAUUGUGGAUGCUAGCAGACCUAUUGACACUAUCCAAGAAGAUAUGCUGGAACAGACCUUGAAUAUAGUAAAUCUUGCCUCUGAUAAAAACAUAGAGAAACUCUGGACACAAGGAUGAUACAUAAACAAUGUUGAUAUUAUAAAAAUAUCACUCUUUUUGUCAUAGAGUAUUGAGAGAGUGUUUUUUACUUAUUAGAUGGAGCUAAAUGUAGUGUGAAGUCUUCUGUGUCCAAUCGGAGACUGUUAAAAUUUUUGUAGCCUAGCGGUUACAGACCUUACGCCAUAAUAACGCCAUCUGUUGAGUAAAGAAGCACUCAUAGUUUUAAGAUAUUUA